AUAGUGUGGGACAUAACACUUGAUGUUGCAGUCACCCAAUUCACCAACAAUGCCACAAGAUCCUAUCCAGAAAAUAACCAGCAUGUACCCAGAGGAUCCGCGGGCCCCAUUUUAUGACCCAACAGGCCAAAAUAUGCUGCCUCUGGCACGUCUCUAUGUGACUCUGGAUCAUCUCAUCCCUCGUUCCUGCAGUGACAAGACUGAGGAUGAGCUGCUGGAAAAGGUCACUGUCAGUGAAAACUCGGAAGAUUCCAAUCGAAAGGAGUGUGGAGUAACAGAGUACUCACCAUGGUCUGUAUGCUCUGUGACAUGUGGAAAGGGCCUGCGUGUCCGGACACGCAGCUAUGUACAGCCUGCAGUGGCACAACAGGCCAAUUGUGACCGCCAGCUGGUUUCCAGAGAGAUGUGUGUCGCUGAGGCUCCUCUCUGCCCGAAGAGGUGUCUCCAAUUGAUGACGAGUUUGUGUGCUGUGAGCGCUUGGGAGCCGUGGUCGGACUGUACAGCGACCUGUGGCGAGGGGCUGAGGAUGCGGACUCGUCACUUUCUUAAGCGCAUGGGCAGCAAGAAAUGUCCUCAUGUCGCAGUCGUAGAGAAGGAGCAGUGUAUAGAGCCUCCUUGUACCUACGAGGAACUUCCUGACCCUGAAUGUCCCACAACAGAGUGGUCAGAAUGGUCACCCUGUAGUGCACGAUGUGGGCCUGGUCAGCGCGCCCGGUCACGCAUACUGCUGGUGGACUCAGAGAACAAGGCCAAGUGUGCGGCUCGCAGGCAACUAGUACAACACCAUCCCUGUACCGGCCGAGUUGACUGUGUCAUCGACAUGGCUACUGCUAAAGCUACCUGCAUGAUGGAUGCUGAGAUAGGUCAGUGUCGGGGCUACUUCCAGAGAUGGUUCUUCAGCACGAUGAAGGCAAUGUGUGUACCGUUUGUGUACAGUGGAUGUCGAGGCAACCGUAACAACUUCCUUACAGAGCAGGACUGCCACCGCACCUGCUCUGCCGUCAGGGAUGCCCUGCUGGAGGGAGAUCGGCCUGCCAAUGUGUCCUUGCCACUUGUGAGAGCGAUCACUGGACCUCCUGUAGACUGCGUAAUGUCACCCUGGUCACAGUUCACCUCCUGCUCUGUCACAUGUGGCACAGGCUUCCGGGAAAAAACUCGAACCGUUUUGGUGGAACCAAAGAACGGUGGCCAAGCGUGUCCUCGCACAGUGACUAGACGCAGGCGUUGUCAUAUCCCUCCAGAGUAUUGCCACUGAGUGGGUCACUUCUCUACUGUAUUAAUUUAGCAUGUUCUUUUAGGAAGGAAAAA